UAAUAUUUUUAAGGGUGGUGACAUGUCAUUGUUACACCGAAAAUCAAAAGAGAAAAGAAGGAAAAGGCAGGGCAAGAGAGGAAAGUACAUAGCUAGGAAGGAAGCAGAGAUGCCAACCGCAGGAUGCUGUGAUCUCUGCUCAUGAGAUCACCUAGCAGAUCGUGUGCGGAGCAGAAGCCCCAUCAAGAUCAAGGUCGCCUAUGGAUGGAGAUCAGAUGAGGCAAGCCACCGCCGUCGCCGUCGCACGGCCGCGCGCGCAGGACAGCCCGGCGCGGCGCCUGAUCGCGUGGCUGCAGAUCCUUUUCAAGGCGUUUGUUCAUAGGUACGCCAAGCUCGCCAGGUGGGACGCUGCGGGGCGCCCCGUGUUUGUGAUCUUCGCGGCGUUCUUGCUCCAGAGGAGCCUGCGCCGCCGGUACCUGUCAUGGAAGGAGUCGUCUCAGCUGCGGCUGCGGGCCGCCGUCGUCACGGUGCAGGCGGCCUACAGGGCGACGGCGGCGCGCCGCGAGCUCUCGCUCCGGAGGCAGACCAGAGCAGCCACACGGAUCCAGGCGCGAUGGCGCGCGCACCGGGAGCUGUGGAGUUACCUGAUGACGAAGAGAGCCGCCCUGAUCUGCCAGUGUGCUUGGAGGAAAAGCAUUGCGAGCAAGCAGCUGGUGAAGCUCAGACUGACAAAUCUUGAGCGGCUGCACGAGAUGGUGGACGUGCUGCAGCAGGCGGUUGAUGACGCGGAAGCAAGGGCCAUCGCCGAGAGGGAGGCGGCGAAGAAGGCGGUAGCAGAAGCGCCCCCGGUGAUCAAGGAGACCGUGGUGCUGGUUGAGGACACCGAGAAGGUUAACUCGUUGCAUGCCGAAGUUGCGCGCCUGAAGGAUUUGCUGGGAGAGGAAAUGAAGGAAACAUUUGCCGCGAAGAAGGCGCUCGCUGAAGCUGAAUUGAGGAAUGAGAAACUGGCUAGGUUGCUUGGAGUUGAGGAGGUUAGGAACAAACGGCUGCAAGAUUCCCUGAAAAGGAUGGAAGAGAAGGCAUCCAAUCUAGACGAGGAAAACAGAAUGCUUCGACAAGCUGUGGCGUCACACCCUGCUAUCAAGUCGCCAUCGAGCGAAAACCGUGAAGUGCCUAAUCUUCAGGAAACUCCAGAUCAUGAGAAAGCAGCAAAUGGUGCAGUGAAGCCCAUCAUAGUUGAUAGGGAGGAUAAUAUCCAUGAUAAAAGUGCUGAACAGCCUAGCUCAAAUGGUCAAGAAGCUGAGAAGCAACAAGAGCUUCUGAUCAAGUGUUUAUCUGAAGAUCUGGGUUUCUCGAUCGGUAGGCCUAUCACUGCAUACCUCAUCUACCGAUGUCUGGUUCACUGGAGAUCAUUUGAAGAGGAAAGGACCCCAGUCUUUGACCGGAUUAUUCACAAGAUUACUGCAGCGCUUGAGGCGCGAGACAACAACGACACAUUGGCAUAUUGGUUGUCCAAUUCAUGCACACUGCUGGUGCUUCUCCAAAGGACACUGAAAACCAACGGGGUAGCUGCUUUGGCUCGUCAGAGGCGACGAGCAUCACCUUUGAAGGUGCCACGGGAAAACCAAGAUCCUAGUCAUCCUGAUCGUCCAGUUUCUGACGGACGGGUAAUCGGUGGGCUAACUGAAGUUUGUCAGCUUGAGGCCAAGUAUCCAGCUAUUGCAUUCAAGCAGCAGCUCACAGCAUUGUUGGAGAAGGUCUAUGGAAUAAUCAGGCACAACUUGAAGAAGGAACUGUCCCCACUUCUCAGCCUGUGUAUCCAGGCACCACGAACAUUCGUCGUGAGUCCCAGGGGAUCAUCUUCUCAAGGAACAGAUUUGGCACAGCAAGCUUCUAUGGCACAUUGGCAGAGCAUCAUCAAAAUCCUCACAAAUUCUCACAACGUUUCGAAAUCAAAUUAUGUGCCUCCAUUCCUUAUUUGCAAGCUGUUCACUCAAGUUUUUUCAUUUAUCAAUGUGCAACUGUUUAACAGCCUUUUGCUACGGCGCGAGUGCUGCUCAUUCAGUAACGGAGAAUAUGUGAAAGCCGGGCUGGAUGAGCUAGAGCAUUGGUGCUUUUGGCUUACUGAAGAGUAUGCAGGCUCUGCCUGGGAUGAGCUGAAGCAUAUCAGGCAAGCAGUCACAUUCUUGAUACUUGAAGAGAAGCACAGCAGGAGUCUCACAGAAAUCACAGACGAUUUUUGCCCAGCGCUGAGCAUGCAGCAACUGUAUCGGAUCAGUACGAUGUAUUGCGACGACAAGUAUGGGACCCUGGGCAUUCCAUCAGAAGUCAUCUCGAGCAUGCGAGCCAAGAUGACCGAGGGCUCGAGUAGCCCGUCAGCGCAUGAUGACAUCAACUCUUUCCUGUUAGACGACGAUUUCAGCAUACCGUUCUCCGUCGACGACAUCGCAAAGCUGGUGGUGCACGUCGACGCAGCAGACAUGGACCUGCCGCCGCUUAUUCAGGAGAACAACGGCUCCGAACUGGGACACCGAAUGGCUCCAAACUGAUCGACACGCCUUUUUCUUCUUCUUUUUCGUAUUCUGGUGAUGUACAUAGCGCGUGAUAUGUACCACAGUUUUGAGGUUUGAGUUUUGAUUGCAUAUAUGAUUGUUUUUUUCCUUCGACUGGUGUUCCUUUCUCUUUCACCUGAGUGCCUGAUUGUGUUGCGUGUGUAUGAUUGUACAGAACUGAGGUGUAUGUAAGCCACGAAAGAAAAGAAAGAAAGAAAAUAUUUGAGUUUGAGCUUUCAGAA